AUGACCAUCACACUUGACGAUGUGAGUACGUUGGUCGGUUUGCCAGUUGUUGGGCGUACCGUAUCUUGCGAGCGUUUGAUCCGUGAUUCCAAAACGAAGCCCAGUAGUUUGAUGUUCGAGUUGCUAGGUGAGUACCCGGACGAUGUAAACAAGAAGAAAUCGGUGAAGUUGGAAUGGUUGAAGGCUAAAUUUAGCAAAGUGACCAUGAGAGAUAGUGCGGAGAAGAGGACAUACGCCAUUCGGGCGUAUUUGUUAUUUUUGCUCGGGUGUACUAUACUGUGCGACAAGACAGGCAACAUGGUAAGCGUGGAGUAUCUAAAUCUUGUAUCUGAUUUGGAUCGGAUCGGCGAGUAUGCUUGGGGCACUGCAUGUCUUUGCCGGUUGUACGAUGAGAUUUCCUCAGCCUCACAAAAAUCAACGAACUCGAUGGCUGGCUGGCUGACGCUCUUUCAGUCAUGGAUUUACGAGCACUUUCCUUAUUUGGCGGGUGGCACAUUGAAGACGGAAUUCGAGGGGCCAUUAGCGAGCCGAUGGGAGCCUCAGUCAAAGACUACUUCAACGCCUGAACGAGCGUCGUACCUGCGAUCUCGAUUAGAUGAUUUGAUCCCCGAUCAGAUUCUGCUUGGUUUAGUGGGAUGA